AAGAGUGGUGAUGUUCUGCAAUUUUGACAUUCGUUUUUUUAUUCCUGAAAACUACACGCAAAUUACAGUAUGAACACAAUUCACUUCAGUGACACCUAUAUGCUGUGGAGUGACCUCACACCUCUGUCUUCGAGUUUUUGUUCCCUCGGCGUGGUUAAUUUUCAAUGCAUUCCCAACGGCUCACUAUUUACAAAUUUUGGUGUUUGAAAAUGGCAAAACUGUUUAGGCAGUUAACCAAAUCUUGUCCCCUGAUAAAAUACCGAAUCCGAACACCGCUAUCCAAUAUAAAAACGUGAUUCCAUGAAAAUGUGGUUAUUUAUCUUUUGCCGAUUCUUUCGUCAUGGUUUCUCAGCUCCGCCAUACACAAACAGAGAAAAACUGAGAAAUGUUGAAAAAUUAUUAUGUGCAGAACAAAUGAGGUGAGCAGUGUACCCAGAGCAUCAGCUGGAGUCAGUUACCACGAAUUUUUAAUAAACGAAGCAUCGUACAAAUUUUGGGCCAUUUUUCAAUUAGUAACAGUGGCUGUAUUACUGUAUUCGACAUUCGCUGCCAUUUAUUACGCUAGAUAUAAUUAUCUGAUGAAUCUAGAGAAUGGCGAUUACGAUGAUCUUCUUUUCGCCAGAUCUUUAUCGAACAUUUACUUGCCAAGAUUAGACGUUCAAACGUUUCAGCGAAUCGUUGAGGCAGUUUUCAGGCCGAAUGAUCAACCCGAUCGAGGUUAGCGAGAUUAAGUACAUGUUUCCGUUUUCAUCGUCGCUCUCGUCGAUGUAUAAGUAUGUAUUUUAAGAUGGCCAGAUAAGACUGCACAUUUUGGUUUUUUUUUUUUUUGUCAAGUGUGGACCAAUAAUGGCAACAUUUUGUGAAGUCUUUUUCUUUUUCGUUUAUUUGAAAUUAGGUCUAAGAUUUUUGAAGUUUGAAAUAUCGCCUGAAAGAAUGGCGCUGGCUCGCUCGCUUAUAUUACUUUAAUUAAUUGGUGAUUGAACCAAUUACUUUUAUAGGUUGUUAGAUUUUUUAAUCGUUGUUCCUAAUGUUAAUACGUACAAAUCUACAAUAAAGUUUAUUUAUUUUUUAA